CCGCCUGACAGGAUGAGCGGCUCAGAUGCGGGGCUGGAGGAGGAGCCAGAGCUCAGCAUCACCCUCACACUGCGGAUGCUGAUGCAUGGGAAAGAAGUGGGCAGCAUAAUUGGGAAGAAAGGAGAGACUGUAAAGCGAAUCCGGGAACAGGUGAGGACGGAGUUUGGGAGAGGAGCCCAGGGCACCUGGUUUGGAGGGGAGGGGAGAUGCCUGCUUCACCUUGUCCCUGAAUCCACCAUCUGGGAUGACCAGUGAGUGCCCCUAGAAGGUGGCUGUUUCCAGCCUUGGCUGGGGCCUGGUGAGUGGAGGGGCAGGCAAGUUCUUGGCCAGGAAGCAGAGAAGGAGCCCCGUUGCCUGGCGCUUGUCCUGCACCCACAGAGUAGCGCCCGGAUCACCAUCUCUGAGGGCUCCUGUCCUGAGCGCAUCACCACCAUCACCGGAUCUACAGCAGCCGUCUUCCAUGCAGUCUCCAUGAUUGCCUUCAAGCUGGAUGAGGUCUGUGGCUGUCUGAGGGGCUGGGGGCCACAGGUGGUUCCCCGGGAGGAACAGGACUCUGACUCCACAGAAUGGCUACGGGUGGGACAGAAGGCCAAGCUGAGGACAGGGUUCUCUCAUUGGAGUGGGACGCGGGCAGGCUUCCCUCCUUCAUCCCCCAGCAAGAAGGUGCUCCAGGGGAGGGGGAGCAGUAGGGGCAUGCACAGCCAACCCAGUCUUCCUGCCCAGGACCUCUGUGCUGCUCCUGCAAACGGGGGGAAUGUCUCCAGACCUCCAGUGACCCUGCGCCUUGUCAUCCCUGCAAGCCAGUGUGGCUCGCUGAUUGGGAAGGCUGGCACCAAGAUCAAGGAGAUCCGAGAGACUACAGGUGCCCAGGUGCAGGUGGCAGGGGACCUGCUCCCCAACUCCACAGAGCGUGCUGUCACCGUCUCUGGGGUGCCUGAUGCCAUCAUCUUGUGUGUGCGCCAGAUCUGUGCUGUCAUCCUGGAGUCCCCACCCAAAGGAGCCACUAUCCCAUAUCAUCCAAGCCUCUCCUUAGGUACUGUCCUUCUCUCCACCAACCAGGGCUUCUCCGUCCAGGGUCAGUAUGGGGCUGUGACCUCAGCUGAGGUCACCAAGCUCCAGCAGCUCUCGGGCCACGCAGUCCCCUUCGCCUCGCCCAGCAUGGUGCCAGCAGGACUGGAUCCUGGCACACAGACCAGCUCACAGGAGUUCUUGGUUCCCAACGACCUGAUUGGCUGCGUGAUUGGGCGCCAGGGCAGCAAGAUCAGUGAGAUCCGGCAGAUGUCAGGGGCACAUAUCAAGAUCGGGAACCAAGCAGAGGGCGCUGGUGAGCGGCACGUGACCAUCACUGGUUCACCAGUGUCCAUCGCCCUGGCCCAGUACCUCAUCACUGCCUGUCUAGAAACGGCCAAGUCUACCUCUGGGGGGACACCCGGCUCGGCCCCCACAGACCUGCCUGCCCCCUUCUCGCCACCCCUGACGGCCCUGCCCACCGCUCCCCCAGGCCUGCUGGGCACGCCCUAUGCCAUCUCCCUCUCCAACUUCAUCGGCCUCAAGCCUGUACCCUUCUUGGCUCUACCACCUGCCUCCCCAGGGCCACCGCCGGGCUUGGCGGCCUACACUGCCAAGAUGGCAGCGGCCAAUGGGAGCAAGAAAGCUGAGCGGCAGAAAUUCUCCCCCUACUGAGGCCAGCUGAGGCACAGGCACGGGAGCAGGCAGGACUGCCGGCAGGGGGCUGCCUCCACUAUCUGCCCAAGGAGACUCCACCCCGGGGGGGGGGGGCGGUCCCAAACGCCGCUAAUGCCCAGACGCAUGGAUGCACCCCCCCACCCUGCCCCGGUCUGUGGGAGUUCCUGCUCUCGGAGUGGGGGCUGUUUUUGGCCCAGGGUUCUGGGAGCUGCAGCAGCCCCAGGGUAGGGGUCUUGAUCCCCUCUAGCUCUGUGCUUGGAUGCAGGGAGCAUCCUAAGUGCCCCCACUUUGCGGGGGUCACUCAUGCACUCCCCAUCCCUCAGGGCUUCCCUGCCUCCUGUCCCCCUGUGGGGAUCAGGGAGGAGGCCUGGGGGCGGCUGGGGGCCAUGCUUCUCUCCCCACCUCCCCGCAGAUUCCUGCUGCUUCCACUGAUACCCUUUUGACUGGAAUGGACUGGCUGGGCUUGGCAGAGGGCAGCCCGAAGAGGGGGCACUGCCAGGCAGCUGGGGGAGUGGCAUGGGGGCAGGGGCCGAGUUCUCAGCAGCAGACACUCUGUACAGUUUUUUCAAUUCCUGUUUUUGAAUAAAUAUUCUGAGAGACCA